ACAGCGCUCUACUAGUAUCUCGAAUUACAAUUGGUGAAUGGUGUUGCCUUUCGGCCAAUCACGGUGCAUUUCCUUAGAGAAGCUAGCAGCACAUUGCUUGCAUUGGAACAACAGUAGGCUCAAGGUUUUGUGUGUCCUAGAAGGAGAAAACGCUGUUGCACCAUGGGUGUGUUAUCCACGUUGAUGAGGGGUUUGAUAAGAGGAGCGGACAGAAUGUCUGAGUUCACCAGUAAGCGUGGAUCAAGGACUCAUAAUAAAGGCAGGGGAGCAAGGCCCACUGGACUGAGGCUUUCUAGCAGAAAGUUUCUGUCCAUACGGACCAUGAUUCCUGAGUUCGUGGUGCCUAACUUGGAGGGAUUCAAACUUAAACCCUACGUAUCUUACCGGUCUCCUCGAGGAACGGAGCCGCCAGUCACAGCACAAAGUGUGUUUGCUGAAGUUGUGGCCCCUCGGAUCAAGAAAGACUUUGAAGAGGGCACUUUCAGCAAAGAACAGCUGGAGAAAUAUGGAUUUGAACCCACUCAGGACGGAAAGCUCUUCAAGCUGUAUCCCAAGAACUAUGUGCGUUAAAGAUGCACUCGCAAUGAAAUGUAUUUACAAAGAGACUAAAAGCUACAUACUAAGUGAUGUGACACCUUUUAGGGUAAUCAUCACAAACUGGACUUUAUAAUGUGUAGUGGUUGACUCUUUAAUUACUUGAUCACCUGGCAAAAUAAAACUUUGGGGGCUAUGGUCCAUA